AAAUUCUCAGCUCAAGAUUGUCUCAGAAGUGUCUGAGAAUUGUCUCAGCUGAGAAAUUUCUCAAGUUGGCUUUCACUAAACUUUUUCUCAAGUCUUGAGAUUUUUCUCAGCUGAGCCGUAGUUUUUUUAAUACAUAAGCGGCCAAAUUCUCAGCUUCCAAGGAGUCGCGCACAGUUGCGUCAUUAUUCGCGUGAAUUUUCCCGUACAGAUGUCAUUCGUCUGCAAUGGAGGAAACAGACACCAAAGCCGCCCGUAGAGCUCCAUGGCCAGAAAAAUGCAAACUUCUGGCCAUGGAGAAAUAUAUUGAGAACCAGGAGGUUUUAAAUGGAAAGUUCAAGGGGUGCGGUGCGGGAGGCGUGUCUGCGGACGAGAAAGAUAGGUGUUGGCAAGCUAUCGCCGACUCGAUUAAUGCCAUAUCUGAUGUCCCUGUUAAUGUUUCACAAGUGAAGAAACAAGUUAACAACAUCAGACAAAGGGCUAAUGAAAAGCUUGACCAGACCAAAAAAACAGGGGGUGGUCGUUUUUCCAAAUUCACUGAUACUGAAAAACUCUGGAUAGAAUCUUCAUCGAAAAAAGCACCUGUCCAUGGUCUGACUGUUAGUCUUGAUACAGAAGGUGAUAUUGAGCCAGAUGCUGUUGUAACCCUGGCUUCCCGUAGUUUGUUUGGUGAUGCGUCUGAGACACUUGAACCUAGGACAUUCAGUCCAGAGAAGAAAAAUGUGAGUGAAGAAGUUUGUAAUGUGGACCAUGAAGUACACAAGAUAGACGUCAAAGACAGUAUAAGCAAACUGAAGAGGAAAGAGAAGAAAAUUCCAGAUUUAGAGAGAGAGAAUCUCUUACUUGAUAACAAGCGGAUAAAGUUGGACAUUGAAAGGAUUCAAAAGGAGACUGUGAAGAUAGAAAAAGAAACACUGAAAACAGAAAAAGAAACAUUAAAAAUACAAAAUGAAAAUAAAAAAUUUGAAAAGGAGAUAGAAAAAAUGGAUUUGGAAAUUGGGAAUUUAAAAUUAAAAAGAUCAGUUCUAGAAUUAUCACUUGCAAGGGCUGCAGAAGAACCAUUUGCUGUCAGCCUUUUAGGUGAGCAGUAAGAAUAAGUAGAGCUAUCCUACUCGCCUCGAUGUCAGAGUCACACCUUGGUUAAGUUAUUGGUACAUGUCCACAUUUUGAAAAAAACGUCUGUCCGUCCACAAUUUCCUUGUGAACAUGAUACAGACCACAUUUUGUAUUUGAUUAUAAUCAGACUUGCACUCAACUUGUAUGGGCAUAAAAUCUCAGUUCCUUUCGAAAACAAAUUGAUUAUUAUCAGUAAGACUUUUAGUAAGGACUCAUUUGAAAUUUCAUUUUUUCAUAAGUUGGAAUGAGACAAUCAGGGUAGAAAACUAAGGACUGAAUUUAUGUCAAAUUACCUCCCUUUAUUUCACAAAUCAAAGGAAAAGCUUGUUAACACUCUAGAGGUCACAUUUUUGGCCCAAUCUUAAUGAAACUUGGUCAGAAUGUUACCCUGAAUAAAAUCUUGGAUGAUUUUGAUAUUGGGUCAUCUGGUGUCAAAAACUAGUUCACCAGGUCAAAUCAAAGGAAAAGCUUGUUAACACUGUAGAGGCCACAUUUAUGACUGUAUCUUCAUGAAACUUUGUUAGAAUGUUAAUAUUGAUGAUCUAUAGUUAAAGUUUAAUCUGGGUCAGGUGGGGUCAAAAACUAGGUCACCAGGUCAAAUCACAGGAAAAGCUUGUUAACAUUCUAGAGGCAAUAUUUAUGGCUGUAUGUUCAUGAAACUUAGUCAGUAUGUUAAACUUAAUGAUCUUUAGGAUAAGUUUGAAACUGGGUCAUGUCGAGUCAAACACUAGGGCACCGGGUCAAAUCAAAGGAAAAGCUAGUUAAAAUUUUAGAGGUUACAUUUAUGACCAUAUCUUAAUGAAACUUGGUCAGAAUGUUAAUCUUGAUGAUCUAUAGGUUAAAAACUAGGUCACUAGGUCAGAUCAAAGGAAAAGCUUGUUAACACUCUUAGAGGCCACAUUUAAGACUGUAUCUUCAUAAAACUUAGUCAGAAUGUUAAACUUGAUGAUCUGUAGGUCAAGUUCAAGUCUGGUCAAAAACUAGGUCAUGGCGUCAAAUCAAAGGAGUAGCUAGUUAACACUCUAGAGGCCUUCAUGCCGUCUUUGUUUAAAUCUUAAGCUUUCAAUGAAUAUUAAUCAACAUGCAGGUUGUACCCUCCUCCAAAACCUGGUAUCAUGCCCCCCCUCUUUUCAACACCACACACCCUGAUCUGUCAUUGUGACGUCAUACUGCUCUCUUAAUUGUCUGCAUGUCAUUAACUUUGUACUUGGAUAUAUGCCUGAGUUCAGCAGCGAUAAUAUUGUGCAACUU